CCACUGUCCUUGAACUUGGUGCGAAGCGUGCUAAUAUAUAAUUUGGAAGUGGUAUGAAGACAUUGUAGAGUCCACGUCAAAGUGGAUCCACAAUAUUUCUCUGAAAAGAUCGGUACAACCAUGCUGCGAAGUGUGGUGUUCACGUUACUGCUCCUUUGCCAUGUGGAGGGGGCGUCCAGGGUGCUCCUCAGUUUGGGCUACGUGGGCGACUCGAUCCAGCUCUCGCUGAAGCUCACAGGGUCCGACGCCCCCGCAGCCAGGGAUGUCACUUUCAUGUACUCGAUUAAUGGACGGGAAUCAACCGGACGGGCUGCUCCAGUAGGGGACGAAUGGCAAUAUGAGAUUACACUGGCGGAGAGGAGCGGUCGCUUCCUGGUCUCUGCUUUCGCCAUCUACAACAUCGGUGGUGUUCCUCACACCACUGCCAUCUCUAGGGCGGAUGCUACAUUGAACAACGGAGUGACCGAACGAAGGACUGCCCCGAAAAUCCCCUCCAGGCAAAUCCGAGGGGCAGUGGUUUUCCGAGACGAUUUCAAUUCCUGGAACACACACAACUGGGUUCCCGAGGUGUCCAUGUACGGAGGCUACAGUGGACAAUUCCAAGCUUAUACGAAUGACCGCAAAAAUGUUUUCACCGAGCACGGCUUACUGUAUAUUCAACCUACGCUCACUACAGACGAUCACAGAUUUACUGAAGCCUCAUUGCAUACCGGUGUUAUGGACAUGCAAGCUUUGUACGGCACAUGCACAAACCACGCCAACAGUGGAUGCCACAGAGAGGGCAAGGAUGGUCUCCUCCCUCCCGUCAUGUCCGGCCGUAUCAACAGUGUCCCCACCCUCAAGUUCGGCACCGUGGAGGUGAGAGCAAGAAUUCCCAGAGGAGACUGGCUCCAUCCCGCCAUCUGGAUGAGACCUAGGGACGACAAGUACGGACACUGGCCUAGAUCUGGGGAGAUCGACAUCAUGGAGUCCAGAGGUAACUUGGGCUACUUUGGCAUUGAAACACUACUUAGCGCAUUGCAUUGGGGUCCUUCUUCGGACCAAGAUGGCUCUUCCAAAACCUCUACUCAUAAACGCUCGUCCAAUUGGCACUCAGAGUAUCACACUUGGAAACUUGAGUGGACACCAACUCACAUGUUAUUCUUCGUUGACAAUCAGGAGAUCAUGAAAAUAGAUCCCGGCAGCAGCUUCUGGCACCUGGGAGGGUUCCAUGGACACAACAUUUGGAGUUCUGGCGGAAAGAUGGCGCCUUUUGACCAAGAGUUUGCUAUGACCCUUAACGUGGCAGUUGGAGGCACCAAUGGCAUCUGGUCUGACACAGCGAACUACCCCACCACCAAACCCUGGAAGAACGACUCUCCUACAGCCAUGGAAGACUUCUGGAACGCACGGAGCAAGUGGCACCCUACAUGGAGGGGCCGCGAAACGGCGUUCAUUGUUGACUACGUGGAAUUUAAGAGCUUAUAGCAGCAGUGGUUCUUUCAAAUUUCUUCACUAAACUUUUGUAAACCGUCGGAUGUUUCGGUGAAGAGAAAAUCGUGUCCCAUGCCAAUAUAAUUUAAGAGUAGAGUCAUAAUUCAUGGAAAAUGUAUGUUACCUGAAAGAGGUUGUUUUACAAAAAUUGUACUUUGAGUUAAGAGUUUAUGGCACUUACAACACAAUUCUAGAGGCGGGUGUUAAAAUAAGGCGGCAUAAAAAAGGAGGAGAGAAAAGAACAAUAGAAGUUCGAUACAUGUAUUGGAAAGAAAGAGCAAA